GGUUGGUAAUUGCACAAAGGAUAUGAAGGAUGUGGGGGAUUGAAUACCUAGUUGUGAGGGCAGAGGGCCUCAACAACGGCCAGGGGGAUUGUGUUAUACUUAUUACUUACCCCCCUUGCAAGUGUGCGCUUGAUCCCCACAAGGGAGGAAGAGGAAAGAAAGAAGAUCACAGGGGCUCAUUUUUCUAGGCCAGGCCCCUAAGGAGGGAGGACCAGGCUUGCAAUUCAAGCAAGUCAUGGAUGCACAGAGACAGUACUUGUGGAGAGGCUUGAGGAGCAAGCACCAUUGGCUGUGAAAAAGGAAGGAGGAAAAAGGAGUGGCGGAAAUUGAUGCAGCAUCAUAUCUCAGGUGAAAGUGUUGGCACUGGUAGACUCCUGGUGUGCCGACUUCAGAUCAAGUCUCAAUCUUUCAAUCUCCUAAGCACAUGUUUCUUCCCUGCUUUUGCUUUUGGGCCACGUUCGUUUCAUUCCUUGCUUGUGUGCACUGAUUUCCUUUUCUUACUAGUUGCUGCUGCUGCUUCUGGUGUUUGUUGGUGCUGUUUAAUGUCAUUAUAUUGGAUGGCAUCAGCAUCAUCAUUAUCGUUAUCAGUAUCAUCAGUAGAAGCCUCAGAUUCCGGAGAGGCAUACAUCACGAGAUAUGGUGCUCUUUGUUUCCCUGGGCCUUGUAUGCGGAUGAAUCACCGUCACCCACUUAUUGUUGUUCAUCUAUUUUCUUAAAAGAGAGAUUUUGUUUUGGGGUCUCCCUGACAGAAAUCUCUGCACUGCAAUUGCAAUUCUCACCACAUUUUCAUUUCGAUCUCCACUGUAUGCUGAUUUUGUAUUGAUUACACAAUCCUGUGAAUAUGAUUGGUAUAAGCUCAUAGAUUUAUAAGUUCUUUCUCAUAUUCCCCACACCCACAAUUGAUUGCAGUCUUGAGCAUUGGAUACCCCCUUAUAUUUUAAUUAGUUUUUUUUCCGGGUUUCCCUUAGUUUGGCAUCCCACUUCUAGACCUAUUUUGGAUUUUGGGUCUGAUCUAUGCAGCCCAUCAUGGGACACUGUCAAGCUGAUUCUAAGAAAAAGAGUACCGGGACUGGGUUUGAUUUGUAUGGAGGGGUUUUCAGCGGAAAGAUUUUUGGAUCCAAGCCCAACAUAGACCAGGGUCAAUCUCCGACCUGGCAAAAGUACAAUGCAGGAAGCUACAAUAAUACAGUCACAUUCAAUGAUGAAAGGGGGCCUCUGUAUUGGGUAGACAAAGGUAAAGACAUGGGUUAUGGCAAAGACACUGAGGGCAACAAGUAUAGAAAUGGUGGAGGGCAGAAUAUUGGGAAGGACUACAAUGGUUUGGGGAUUGCGAAAAGUUUUGGAUCUAUGACAGUGGAUGAGAUGGUGACUCCUAAGAAGGAAAACAAGCAUUGCACGGAUUCAAAAUUAGCGGAUUCUUCAAAUUUAGAGUCCUACUCUCCCCAGAAGGGCAGUCCUAUUAAAGUGGGCAACAAUAAUGUGGACUCAAAAUUACCGGAUGCUUCAAAUUUGGGGUCUACUCCUGUGAAGGGCAGUCCUAUUUAUGGAAGCGUGAUGUUAGGCAGGAAAUCGUCAGAUGGUGCAAGCAGUUCUAGCAGUUCGAGUGGCUCUGUGUCUGGUGGCAGUGCCACCAAAAGUGGAGGAAAUGGCGGAAGUAGCCCCACUGUAGGAGGGGCCCUGAAACCGGGGGCUAAUCAUCAUCAGCAACAUCAUCAUCAAAGCAGUAGUCAUUCAGGUGAACUCAGUCUAGGUUCUGUUUCCAGUGGGGGAAGCUCAAGUGGCGGAAGUCCAACUGCAGAAAGCGUAAGAAGAGGUGGCAGAUCUCUUAGAUUAGGCAAUGUUCUGAAUCCCAAAACACUUGGCAGCCCAACUGGAGAUAGUAAAGAUUGUGCCAAUAACAACAUCAUUGGCGGUGGGAUGGUCACUGGAAGUUUAGGAAAUGCGAAGAAACCGGGCCAUUCAAGAGGCAGUUCCUACAGUGGCUCAUCCUCCAGAUCGUCUGGAGAGCUAAGUUAUGGCACAACCGUCAAUUCCAGGCCAGUUUCUGGACCUCAGCUUGCAACAGGUAACAUUAUCAAUACUGGAUUAGUUUCUAAUAGAGGACCAGUUGGGUCUACCAAUGCUAGUGUUAACAGUGGCGGUGGCGCCAUUCCCACUGGAAAUAUUCUCCCAAAUAGCAAUCUUGGUAACAUUUUUACCAGUGGCAAAAUUCUCAAUAAUGCCAAUGCCAAUAACAAUGUUUUCAAGGGAAAUGCCAAGGGAGAUGGUGGUCAUCCACAUCAUGUUUUGGGAUCUGGAAAUGUCAACUAUGGCCACGGGAGCGUUGUGAAAGGGAACGGUAAAUCUGAUUCAAUUGUAACUGGCAACAUCCAUUUUGUAGGGGAAUCGAUGCUGAUGAAACGAGCUAUGGCAAGUACAGAUCCAGAGGAUGUGAAGAAUUCAGGAAAUGAUCAAUACAAGAAGGGGCAUUUUGCUGAGGCACUUUCACUGUAUGACAGGGCUAUAUGUUUAUCACCUGGGAAUGCUUCCUAUAGAAGUAAUAGAGCUGCAGCACUCACCGCACUAGGUAGAUAUGCAGAGGCAGUGCAAGAAUGCUUGGAUGCGAUCAGAUUGGAUCCAUCCUUUGGCCGGGCUCAUCAUAGACUUGGAUCUCUCUAUCUCAAAUUAGGACAAGUAGAAAAUGCCAAAAGGCAAUUCAAUCUUGCGGGGCAGCAGUCAGAUAGGGCCGAUAUUCAGAGAGUGCAAAAUGUGGAGAAAUAUAUGACAAAGCUGGCAGAAGCUCGAAAGGCUGGGGAUUGGAAGACUGUAUUGAGGGACAGUGAUGCAGCAAUUGUGGCUGGUGCAGACUCGUCACCACAGGUAUUUGCAUCUAAAGCAGAAGCAUUGUUGAAGCUUCAUAGAUUAGAUGAGGCAGAUGCAGUUUUAACAAGUGCAGAUAAGGCUGCCAGUGUUGCUUCAUCCACUCGGUUCCAUGGUAUCAUAGGUGAUGCUUAUGUUCUUAUGGUGCGAACUCAGGUGGACAUGGCCUUAGGAAGGUUUGAUAAUGCAGUUCCAGCUGCAGAGAAAGCAGCUCGACUAGAUUCAUGCAAUCAUGAGGUUUCUUCAUUACUCAGAAGGGCCAAAGCUGUGGCUAAUGCCCGUUUAAGUGGAAAUGAGCUCUUCAAAAUUGGCAAGUAUUUAGAAGCAUGUGCAGCAUAUGGGGAAGGGCUUGAACAUGAUCCGUUAAAUGCAGUUUUGCUUUCUAACCGGGCAGCCUGCAGAUCAAAACUUGGCCAAUGGGAGAUGUCAGUUGAAGAUUGUAAUCUAGCCCUGAGCAUUCAACCUAACUAUAUCAAAGCUCUUCUUAGACGGGCGGCAUCAAAUACAGAGCUUGAGCGCUGGGAAGAAGCUCUAAGGGACUAUGAAAUUCUUAGAAGGGAAAUACCGGGAGAUAAAGAAGUUGCUCAGUCUCUCUUUUAUGUUCAAGUGGCGCUGAAGAAGUCUCGUGGUGAGGAGAUAUACAAUAUGAAGUUUGGAGGGGAAGUUGAGGUUGUUUACAAUAAUGAUCAAUACAAAGAAGCCAUUAGCUCACCGGGUCUGGCAGUAGUUCUUUUCAAAUCAAGAUCAAAUGAUCAAUGCAAGAAGAUCCUGCCAUUUAUUGAUCAGCUAUGUGGAAGAUACCCAUCUGUCAACUUUCUUAAGGUGGACAUUGAAGAAAAUCCAACAUCGGCAAAGUCAGAGAGCAUAAGUUUUGUACCCACAUUCAAGAUUUACAAGAAUGGUGUCAAAGUCAAAGAAAUUCUUUGCCCGAGCCAGCAAGUUCUGGAGAAUUCGGUGAAGUAUUAUAUCUAGGAAGAUGCAGUCUUAUCUACAACCAUUUCCAUAGCAUUCACCCAUUCACUUCUGACACACCUACAUACAAAUAAAGUGGAUUUAUUCCAUAUAGGAAGAGUAAUUCUUGGAUUUUUCUCAGAUUCUUUGCGGCCUCAUUCCAUUUGCCUUUAAAUUUUUUUGCUUUUGAGGCCGAAUUUUCCCUAUUAUGUUUCUGUGUAAUCCUGAUUGGUGAUAAAAGAAAAGCAGGAGAUCAUAGAGGAAGAUUAUCUCAAUCAAGUGCAUUUGCAUUUCGAGUUUUUUUAUACCUAUUCCACAUUGGCUAUCAGUUCUAAUCACUUUGGCAAUAUAUUCUGUUCAAUUACUCUCACAAAAAAGUAUAAAUUGUGGUAUGAGUUCGUGGGGCAAUUGAGAAUUUUAUGCCAUGUAUAGAGAGGGUGAGAGACAAUAGAACAGAUAGAAGGUUCAGCUAGGAAUUGCUUAAUGUAUAUACUUCAAUAUGAUGACAUAUAUUGGAAGUCGUAAUUUAAUUCAAAUUCUUGUUUUUGAUC